CUCUCCCUAACUUCUCUCAAAAUGACAAAUGGCAAAUGCACUAGCGUGAUCUCCUCCUCUCAAAAACCCACAAUUUGAGGAGUGAAUCAGACCCCUAUGGCUUUUAAGACCUGGACAGAUUGAAAUGUCCGACCCCUUCAAAGUUCGCGCGAAGCACUGUGACACGCGAUGUGACGUAACGAGGCCUCGUUCUCGAUAGUCACGUGAUUGUGGGCGUGCUGAAGCAGGGAUCGAAACACCGUCUCGGAACACUUUCGCUUCAAAAGCUCGGCACUGUGUCGCGCAAACUGGCUCGAGCGUAACAUCACUACCCUGGACCUUCUGGAUUACCUUGCCUGCUCGUCACACACCGUUCCCUGGACUCUCUGGAUAACCUGGCCUGCUCGUCACCCCUCCUCUGCUCUGCACCCCUCCUCUGUCUGUUUCUGGUCUGGCUGCUCCUCGGCCCUCGUCACAUGCCCGCCACAGGCUGCCUCAGUUCAGCCCCCCAAAAUACUUUAGCUAUGCAGCGUCCAGCAGUCCUCGGCCUCCUCGUGGCCUGUGCAGCGUCUCUCUGCAGCUCUACUGUCAUCACCAAAAAUGGCAGGCCCAUCGGGUGGGACCAAACUGUCGAGAAACUGACCGACCUGCCGUCACAGGAUGGAACUGUGACUCCCAACCCCUGGCAUUACCCCGACCGCAUGAGUCUUUACCGGGUGUUGAUCACUGCCACUGAUCCCUUCAUGGCAUCCAUGGGGUCCAACACCACCGACAGCCCUGUGUGGGGACUCCCGGUGAUGCUGGCAUGGGAGCAUGUUUCAGGCCGUCUCGCUGACCCGACCAGUACCACAACAUGCGGACAGGAUUCAGACAAGAACUGUAUUUCCCCUCAGAGCUGGUGAGCCUGUGAGAGCUACCACACUUCUGUGCUUCCCUUCCUGUCUGCUGCCCAGUAGGGCAUCUUCGGAGCAGACAUCCAGGUAAAGAUGCAGAAGCCUGAAACUGGGGAGGACUAUUGCACCACUUACGCUGACUGUGCAACACGCUUCCCUGAUGCCAUGAAAAAGUGGGAUAAGUUUUACGAGGAUGUGAACGCUGCGUCGCAGUCUAAUCUAACCGACAGCGUGAAGAAAGACACCAUCCUUGGACUUUUCUGGACAGCACGGAUGUCUGCAACUUCUGCAUGCAGUGCCAGCGAGAGCAAAUAUUCCUCUGAGGAGGUGGCGUUCUUUACCGCUUGGAUGGACGGAGCUCAGUAUUACGAAGCCUGUCAUCACCACACCAGCCUGGCGACAGCUGUGAUGUUGACGAGUCCUAUGCCAAGCCGAGUUUUACUGAAGGACGACGUUGCACCAGACAUUGAGGGUUUGACUCCGGAAGAGAACCACACAGUUUACAUCCUCAACUGGAUGAAGACAAUCAACUCUUUGUUCUUUGGGAGUCCGGUACGUCUGUGGAAAAGCGCCAUGUGUUCGGUGAGCGCCAGAGAGCAAGGCAGGAACAUGAUGAACGAGCUCGUGCUAUCACCCACCUUCCCCAAAGCCACUUUCAUGUCCAUGAUAACAGAACUGCUUGCAACCUGCUGAGAAACGGAGAGUAAUGCCAAAAGCCAAGUGUAAAGAAGAGUCACUAACUGGAAGCUGCAAGCAGCAGAAGUCAUCAUGUGUCAUUCUGCCAUCAAUAUGAGCUUCCAAGUAAAGUGGAAACAAUUAUUCACUGUUGCAAAUAAAGAUUUCUGUUCUCAAAA